AUGGAGUCAAUUGAGAAAGAUUUGAAUGAAGUAAAGAACUCAGUUGAGUUCGUUCACGCUGAGGUACAAGACCUUAAAAAGGAGAAUGAAAAGGGAAAGAAAACAGAAGAGGAAGUUCAACAAAGACUGGAAAAAUUGGAACAGAUAAAUUCUGCUUCAAACCAUCGUGUCAUUGACCUUCAGGCAAGGUCAAUGCGCGAUAAUCUUAUAUUUUACAACAUCGCGGAAAAAACAGAAGAAAAUGCAACUGAGUUGGUCCACAGCCUUCUGGAGAGUCAAUUCGGCAUCGAAGACGCCAAAGAAAUGAAAAUAGACCGAGCACAUAGAAUGGGAAGAAAAAAGCAAGGAUCAAAACCACAGGCCAUUGUUGCCAAGUUUAAUUACUUUCCGGACAAACAAAGAAUCCUGUCAAAUGCCAAGAAGCUGAAAGGAACUGGUAUACCUGUUUCAGAGCAGUUCCCAGAGGAAAUUGUAGCUACAAGAAAACGACUAUACCCUGAAAUGAAAAAAGCGAGGGAUGCAGGCAGAAAAACCAAAUUAGUGAGAGACAAACUGUAUAUCGAUGGGCAGCUCUUCAGGGAGCCAAGUUCAACAACGCCAGACAAGUGA